AUGGCGACUCCAAAGGCCACUCGAGGAGACGUGAAGAAAGCGAUGAGCUUUGACCCAUCCAAGCUCGUCACAGUCAUCGUGGGCAAAGGGCUACACCAAGAGCGCUUCUCUAUCCAUGAAGAGAUCGUUUGCGCCCGUUCAGAGUUCUUCAAACGCGCACUAAACGGGAAAUGGACGGAGAGCAAAGAACGCAUCGUCAGAUUGCCAGAGGACGACCCAAAAACCUUCGGCAUCUACACGAACCUUGUGUACACCGGUCUUGUCCUCACCGACACCCUUGAGGAGCCAAAGACUUCAACUCUCAUCUGUGACGAGUAUGAUAAGCUCAUCAAGCUAUAUGUGCUCGGCGAGAAGCUUCAAGACAAGGCUGCAAAGAAUUCGGCCAUCCAGAGUCUACUAGAGGUGACCUUCGAGACGGAUGCAGAAGGCAUGGGAUAUAUCCCGCGGGGCGAUACCGUCUGCUACCUAUACCAGGGCACAUAUACUGGCAGCCUCGGUCGUCAGCUUAUAACAGACUCGUGGAUGCAAGUAAGCACUGAUUAUUUGAGCAGAGUCAAGGAUGGACUGCCAAAGGAUUUCCUCGUUGACCUUGCCAUCGCACUACUAGGCGAACUUCCAAAGAAGAAGCCAAGGCUGGUCACGAUGGCCAACAAAAGCAAAUACUUGGAGAAUAUGGAUUGA